AUGCUAGGCGCAUACGUAUGUCGACAAUGUCGAACACGCCUGUUCCGACGCAUCGCUCCCGUCCGAAGCCCUCAAUGGCAAUCUAGAGCCACGAUCGUUUCGCUGGCUGGUCGAAAGCCAAACGACAACGCCGAAGCAUCACGAGAAGAGGCAUCGGCGCCAGCCACAGAAAAAGAAGAUUCUACACAGGAAAGGAACCGAAAUGGGCCAAAUACACAAUUCUCGAGUCUACGCGACGGGCAGCCACGCAGCCGAUACUCCAAACUCAUAUAUAACGAGACGGACAACGCCGCAACCCAUACUGGUGGCGAAGGAGAACAUACAUUCGAUGCUGCAGAACAGCCCAGGUCGUCACGAAUGGAGCGGGCGUAUGCUGACCCUGUGCUAGACGCCCUCCACAAUGGCCACAUCAAUGGAGCCUGGCAGUCGUUUGAGGGCAUUUACACUGCAAAAGAUUGCAAGGCCUUGGUUGAGCCAACAGAUCGUGAUGCACAGUUGCUGAGUAAGGACCAGGUAUUCGGGCGUCUCCUCAGAGCUGUCACGGGGGCCUUUUGUGUAGGCAGACCAAACUUGGUCGUUACCCCAACGAAGGUGCUCUUCAAAUACCAGCAGCUUGGCAUUGCUCGCCCUGAGUACUGGGUGAGGCCGACACUAGCUCAGUUGACGCUUGAAAUCAUACAGGCUGUGAAUUCACCAUCUGGACCUAAACGGGACCUUCAUGCACUACUCCAGGAGCUAUUAUCUGUAUGGCGGCUUUUCUUCCAAUGCAUGGGACCGAAGAACGGUGCAAUGGAGUCGGUUAGUACCGAAUGGAAUCUACCACUCAUUGAGGCAAUUCCGGAAAUGCAUGAUACCAGGCAGUUUAAUAUGCGCUUACAGGGCUACAUCCCCAACUAUAUCGCAAACCCUGCGUUGGCCUUUUGUGCUGUCUAUGUCUACAGUGUGUCGGACGCGCUAGAUCCAACGACACACAAGCAAGCCGCGCCUUUUCUAACCUUCCUUGAACGACUACUCGCUGGCUCGUUUGUUGACUCGAUUUUCUUAUAUACAGAAGGGCCGGAUUUCAAAAAGCUACCGGAACAUGUACAAGUCCAAGUCAUCCAAGAGGUUGAUGCUGUACCGCGAAAGGCUCUAAUGGCUAUUGGAAAAGAGGGUGAGACUCUUGGACCAGAUAACGCGGGUGAUACGUACUCCAGUUGGGAAGCUUUUCUUAUGAAGAGAAUAGCGCGUGCGGUGGAGAGCAAGACUUCAGCAGUCGCACUGAACGGUAUUUGGAAAGAAAUCGAGCAAACAUAUACCACCAAGAACAAGACUGUUACCAUACCCCCUUCUAUAUACAACGCCUUUCUUUCUGGGUACAUGACUGUUCUCCACCCACAACGCUCAGUCGAGGUCUGGAAUCAUAUGAUCGCUCACAACGUCAAGCCCAACAUGUAUUCUUGGGUUGCACUUCUGGAAGGGUGCGCAAAGGCAAGAGAUCUCGAUGGCUUUAAUGCAAUGUGGCAGCGCAUGCUGAACACUGGUCUCGAACCAAGCAACUACGCCUGGACGACCCGUGUCAACGGCUUGGUGUCUUUGAAACAGGUCAACCAGGCCUUUAUCGCACUGGACGACAUGGCCAAACGCUGGAUCGCAGCGGAGAAUGCCAUCAGCAACGCCCAGAAGCCUGUGAAAGGGCAAAAAGGUCCGAAGAUAUCGUCCCCAAGCAAAGCAGUCAAUACAUGCACAAAGCCCUCUAUUGAGGUCAUCAAUGGCGCCUUGUCCGCCAUUGUACAGCUCCGUCCAGAAAAAAUGCGCCACGAGAAAAAGGUGGAAUUUAUUCAGAAACUACUCACAUGGUCGAAGAACUUUCAAAUCAAGCCCGACGCCAUCACGUACAACUCUCUCGUGAGACUCUACCUAAACGCAGGCGAUAAGAGCACCGCUUUCAGAAUCCUCUCGCAAAUGGAAAAGGACGGGCUAGAAGGCGACGCAGCAACUCAUACAAUGCUCCUCAGUGCCGCCUUUGACAAUCAAGUCUUCGACAACCUAACCGAAGCUCAACAAACCUCACGCAUACUACAGAUCCUCGACGACCUAGAAGCAAGCGGCAUCAAAAUGAACGAUUACAUCUACUCCACAACCAUCGAUCGCCUGCUGAAAAAAUACUCUAACGACGACGCUGUGCGCGCUGUCAUGGAACAUAUGACUAGCAGGAGAUUGGUUCCGAGCGUACAUGUCUACACGUCCAUCAUAACGCAUUACUUCCAGUCCGACCCACCCAACAUAGCUGGCGUCGACGACGUCGUACUCCGCCUCUUCAGCGCACCCCGUAUGCCGAGCGACCGCGUGCUCUUCGACCGGCUUCUUGAAGGCUACGCGAGUUUUGGCGAGGUGGGCAAGAUGAUGAGUGUACUUGCACGUAUGAGCAAGCGGGAAAACCUACCUGGUUGGGGCGCAAUGAUAGCGGUUGUUCGGGCUUUGGCGAGAGAUGGGGAUUUUGAUCGUGCGAGGGCUAUUGUGAGGGAUGUGGCGAGGGGGAGGGUGUAG